AUGCGAGCUGCUGAAGAAGCUGUUGUAAAGAGAAAUAUGAAGUUAAAUUGUGGUGUCGAUACUUUAUUAUCUGUGGUUGAUCGUAAUUUGAAUUCAUCGCAUAAGGAAAGCAAUAGUAAUAACGAACCAUUCGAUAAUAAAGAAUUAUCAACUGCGCCCGAUCUUCUAAAUGCAGCUAAUGAAAGGAGAAAAACAAUGAGGAAAAAUAUGCAACAGAAUGGAAAUAUUCGCUAUGCAGAAACAAUUGUACAAUCAUAUUUUGACGAAAUUAUUAGUGCUGGAGAUCGUACAGUUUCACCAUUGCCACUAAAAAUUAUAUCAAAUAAUAAUCAAAAUCAGUUAUCGCCAUUACAAUUUUGGUUAUUGAAUUCUGUGAAAUAUGGUUUAUUAUCAGAAAUGGCAAUUGAAUUGUUAACAAUUCCUUCAUCAACCGUCUCAUUAGAACGAAUUUUUGCAGUUUCAGAGUGUUUAGGUAAUAAUAAUAGCAAUGGGACCGCAUUUGAUCCAAUAUCAUUAUUUAAAUCAAUUGAUGAUCCACAACGAAUGGAACGAGAUACAAUGCUACGUUUUAAUCGAAUGUAUGUGCCGCGAAUGUUGUAA